AUGACCACUCAACCAGUACCUCGCUUCGAAGACUUGCCACUGCGCGAAGGUGACCCGCCGUUCUCUGCGUGGGGUCUUUGGGAAAACUCGCAACUGGGCGCUUUGAACUACCUGACCGAUGAGAAUGUUCUCAAGGCCGCGAAAGAGAUACAGACUGGCCAGCGUGUCGGAUUGAACCCGGCGUUACUCGGGCGUGCCGGUUUCGAAAAGAAAAUGGUGAACAAAGCCCCGAGAAUCGUGAAUGACGACGUCAUCACCUUCAAUACACAGGGGAGCGCGCAAUGGGAUUCGUUCAGACAUUUUGGGUACCAACAGGAAAAGAAAUUCUACAACGGAGUGACGCAGGCCGACAUCCACAGCGCGAACGACACUACUAUCAACGGAAUAGAUGCUUGGGCUGAGCGAGGUAUUGCAGGUCGCGGCGUCCUAGUCGACUAUUUCAGCUGGGCGCAGGAGAAGGGAAUCCAGUACGAUACGACCCAAAGGCAUCCGAUCAGUCUCGACCACGUGAAGACGAUCUUGGAAGAGAAGAGUGUCCAGAUACGCGCUGGUGACAUUCUUUUCCUCCGUACAGGAUUCGUCCAAGGCUAUUCCAAGCUUGAGGCUAGAGCUCGCGAAGAGUACAAGUCCGGACACAGUUGGCCUGGGCUGGCACAGUCCAAGGAUACGCUGAAGUGGCUCUGGGAGCAGCAGUUUGCAGCAGUCGCAGCAGAUAACCCUGCCUUUGAAGUUUUCCCACCCGUCGAGCCAGACUUCUUGUGCCAUCCCGUGUUAUUAUCUGGCUGGGGCACUCCGAUUGGCGAGCUGUUCGAUCUUGAGGGCCUGUCUAAGAUCUGCAAGCGGUUGGGUCGUUGGACUUUUUUCCUUUCAAGCGCGCCGUUAAAUUAUAGGGGAGUGGUGGCGAGUCCACCAAAUAUCAUAGCGUUCUUCUAGGACAUAGGGCGGAGAUACGAAUACCACUGGUGGUGCAAGCGAUCCUUU